GUAAUCUAUGAAUAAGUUAUAGGACCUUCUACGUGUCCACUGUCCAUAAAAAGUGUCCACAGCGUCACGUGUUGUCCUCUCUGCAAAGGAGUCGCUACCAGAAAGAGCUGCACAGAAGCAUCAGGUCACUUCUUUUUCAAACAAAUCUUCCAAAAUGGCAUCCAUCAGGGUUUUGGUGACUGGAGCUGCAGGGCAGAUUGCAUAUUCCCUUUUGUAUCCUAUUGCAAAAGGAGAUGUUUUUGGAGCAGAUCAACCAAUAGACCUGUUAUUGUUAGACAUUCCAUCCAUGAUGCCAGUACUCAAUGGAGUUGUCAUGGAACUUCAGGACUGUGCUCUCCCAUUGCUUUCGUCUAUUGUUGCCACUGCUGAUGAAAAAGAAGCUUUUGCAAACAUUGAUGUUGCAAUUCUUGUUGGUGCAAUGCCAAGAAGAGAGGGUAUGGAAAGGAAAGACCUGCUGAAGGCUAAUGCAAAAAUCUUCAAGGUUCAAGGAGAGGCAUUGGAAAAGUAUGCCAAGAAGACAUGCAAAAUUGUUGUUGUUGGUAACCCAGCUAAUACCAACUGCCUCAUUGCUUCAAAGUGUGCACCAUCUAUUCCCAAGGAGAAUUUCACAUGCCUUACAAGAUUGGACCACAACAGGGCAAUUGCACAGAUUACAAACAGACUUGGUGUUCAACCACAUGCAGCUAAAAAUGUUAUUAUUUGGGGAAACCACUCUUCAACUCAGUAUCCUGAUGUGAGACAUGCAGUUGUUUCAGUCGAUGGCAAAGAGCUUCCAGUCAUGCAAGCAAUAAAGGAUGAUGCUUGGUUAAAAGGAGACUUUAUCAAAACAAUCCAACAACGUGGUGCUGCCAUAAUAAAGGCCAGAAAAUUGUCCAGUGCCAUGUCUGCAUCCAAAGCCAUUUGUGAUCAUAUGAAAGAUUGGUGGUUUGGAACUAAAACGGGAACUUAUGUUAGCAUGGGUAUCAUAUCAGAUGGUUCAUAUGGUAUUGCAAAAGGCAUUGCAUAUUCCUUCCCUGUUACUAUUGGUGCUGACAGAAACUACAGCAUUGUCCAAGGAUUACAGAUUGAUGAGUUUUCAAGAGAGAGAAUGGAUGCAACAGCAAAGGAAUUGUUAGAUGAAAAAGAUGCUGCUUUUUCACACCUUGCUGAGUGACUAAGUGCAAAAUUAUGAUGACAAAUACUUACAUCCAGCUUAUAAUACAUACAUGCAAAUGAUUGUGAUACAUUUUAAUACAUACAUGCUGCUGAUUUGAUGCACUCUACAUACCAAUUUUGACUUUUACUACAUGAAUUUAGUAACAUUGCAGUUGGUUUGCAAAUUUCUGUAGAACAGCCUUGUUUCUGCAUUGAAUCAUGGGGAAAACCUUUGUCAAUUUACAUGUAGUAUUCUACUUAUUUGUAUGGGAUGUCUAUGUGGUACAAUUUGUAUUCAUAUAUAUCAAAUGUCUUGAUGCUGACAA